UCCUCUUUGGUAUUAUGUAUAAAAAUGUCACUUGUAGAAUAAUUUUUUGUAAAUAAAUUCAAAAAUUUAGUAAAAUUAGUUUUUAUUUCAAAAAUUAAAUAUUUUAUAUUUUGUUACACGGUACUCUUAAAUAUUUUUCUAAUUACAAAUUUUCACUCCAUGGAACCGUUUUUAUUGUUAUAUACCUAACGUAAACAGUUUGAUGUGUGUAGACCAGAUAUCAUCGCCCGGCCAUCCAUAUUAUUAACAUCAUUCUAACAAAAUGAGCCAAGCGCGUCUCACGUCUUGUUUACCUUUACCUUUGGAUAACAAAGUUCUUGUGAAUGUUAUCGAAAAAGCUAAAGAUUGGGCGCUUAUGCAUGGUGUGGGUAUGAGAGACAAGAAACAUUUCACUAAGGAUGCUAUUCAGAUAGCACCAUUUGUUUUACUGCCAUCUCCAUUUCCUAGAACGGAAUUCGCAAAAGCAAUAGAGUUACAACCUAUACUCAAUGAACUGAUGCAUAAGGUCGCACACGAUGAAGAAUUUCUGGAAAGCACAUUACAGAAUGCACUCCAAGUUGACGAGUUUACGGCAAAAUUAUAUGACGUUUGGGUAAAAGUACGUUCUGAAGGAAUCACUCAGCCGGUAUCAUUAGGUAUGCUGCGCUCAGACAUCAUGCUGGAGUCGCGAUGUCCUCACUUGGAGAAUCAGUGCGCGAAGCACACGCCCUAUUGUUCGUGGAAGCAAGUGGAAAUCAACAGCAUUGCGUCUGGCUUCGGCCACCUCGGGCCCGUGUCAAGGGAGAUACAAAGUUAUGUUUUACGGCAGCUGGGGCACGGUGAACUUAUAAAACACAUGCCAGAGAACCGCGCGUUGUCUGGCCUGUGUUCCGGCAUCAUCGAGGCCUACGACUUGUUCGGCGUGCCGUCGGCGGUGGUGCUGUUUGUAGUGGAGGAGGUGUCCUACAACAUAUGUGACCAGCGCUUCCACGAGUUCGAGAUAUCGGAGAAACGGCCCGACAUCAUCAUCUACAGGAAAACGCUGAACGAAAUUUAUGAUGAGACUCAACUGAACGAUAAGAAACAGCUUAUACUGGAAGGGCAGCCAGUCGCUGUGGUGUACUACCGGUCAGGGUACGAGCCGGCGCAGUACCCCUCCACCAAGGAGUGGGACGCCAGGUUGAGAGUCGAACGCUCCACAGCUAUUAAGUGCCCGUCGAUUCAGUACCAACUGGCGGGCACUAAGAAGGUGCAGCAGGCUCUCGCAGCGCCCGGAGUCCUGGAGAAGUUCAUGGGUGGCGGAAACAGCACGGGCAGGGUCCGGGAUAUAUUCACCGGCCUGUACUCGUUGGACUUCGACGACAACGGCGAGAGGGCUGUUGAAAUGGCACUCGCUGAUGCCGAUAGAUUUGUUCUGAAGCCGCAGCGAGAAGGUGGCGGGAACAAUCUGUACGGCGGAGAUGUUCGCGACGCGCUGCUCCGCAUGAGACACAGUCGGGAGCGGGCUGCCUACAUCCUGAUGGAGAGGAUCCUGCCGCCGCUGGUGUCCGCCUACGUGGUUCGUCCGGGCGCUCAGGUUCCCCCGCCUUUGACAGAUGUCGUGUCCGAGCUCGGUAUAUUUGGUGUUAUUAUCGGCUCCAAAGACAAGAUCCUGUGCAACAAGCAGGUGGGCCACAUGUUACGGACGAAGCUCGCAGAGGCCAACGAGGGCGGGGUUGCAGCCGGACUCGGCGCUCUCGACUCUCCGUUUCUAUUGGACUUAUAAAUAAUUACGUUCAAAUAGUCCAGGGGGCGAUUUUUGAGACUCGAGAGCUCGAAGUCAGAGACAUGCAAUCAAAAUUGUUACACAAUAAAUAAUAUAAUCCCAAAAAUGAAUUCUUAAAGUACGGUUCAAGCAAAAAACAUUGUGAAAAGUUACCGUCGUCUAUGAUUCGAGCGCUAGAUUCUCAAAUAUCAUCUCAUUGGAACAAAAUGUCACAAAAAACACAAUCGCGCCCACAGCCACUGCAAUUCGAAUCUGCCAUUACUAACUGCAGUGUGACCUACUGUGUCUAAUUUUGCAUUUUUGAACAUUUUUUUUUUGUUUUAGUGCAAUAUUUCAACUGUACUUAAUUUAAAACAUAUCUCAAAAACCUGCAAAAUUCGAGUAUGAUUUCAUUAGUGGAAACAAAAUGGCGGACAUAUAUGACAGAAGAAAUAACAAUAGCUUUCAUAGAAUAAAGAGACACAGUAAUAAUGGUACACAAUACGAAAGAUGGCGUCCUGGUCCAUCUAUUAAUAGGGAAAGGGAAAAUUUGCAGGUUUCAAGUCUAUCUCGACUAUAUGUGAUUUAAUAUUUUGUAUAAUACUGCCUCCUAAUAUAGAAACAAUAGUGAGAUUCAUAUGAAAAUAUUACAAAAUGUACCUAAUCAAAUUUGUUUUUUUUUUAAAUUAAUUGUAAUAUAAUUAUGUACCAAAGCUGUAUAAUAUAAUUAUAUUUGUAAAACAAAUCUGAAAAUAUAAUAUCAUGAUCUACUACCGAUUGCCAAAGUUCGUGGCACACGGUAGUGAAUUUUUAGUAUACGUAUUAACGUAUACUACAGUUGGUAGAACGAGAGCACGAUACCGGCAGUACUUGAUCUUUUUGAAAACACAUUUUUUUUGUUAAUCUUGAACUUCUAUCUUUAUUCAUAAUCAAAAUAAUAUUAUAUUUUUAAACAGAUAUUUCAAUUAAUUUGUUAAAUAUAAAAUUCGUUUCGACAUUAGAUAAUUUUAUUUAUAAAUGUUAUGGUGUGUUUACUAGAUAUGGUGAACUUAUUUAAAAUAAAUAUUUUUACUAUUUAUUUUUGUAAUAAGCAUAUCAAAAUACCUAUUAAAUAAUAUAUAUUAUGCAUAUAAAUUGUGUUAUUAAUACCAUUACUUUUUGGACGUGUAGGAGAGAAAUUUUACUUGACAUUCCACCAUGAUUCCGUAACCUAAAUUGAUAUUUUAGUAGUUCAUAUUUUCCGAAUUAUUUGUUAUUCGUGCUCUUAGGCUCACAUGGACAUUGGGCAGUAUCGCUUAACAGAUUCAUCAUUAAAUAACAACUCAUGUGUUUUACGUCCACUACCUCCGCGGUAGUAGUGUGUUAACGCGUAGUUGUAAAAAAUAGGGUCUCAAUGGCGGAGAGACGGGGAAGGGGAGGAGAAGGAUGAGAUCACACUCGUACAAUUAACGGUCUACUUUUAUUGCAACUGCAUCGCUUACUGCUCAAUAUCUGUACCGUAGUCUAUAACAUGUUUAUAUGCGAUUAUUAUUUAUCGUGCCAUUAUUAUUAAUCUAUUGGUGCUAUUUUUGAAUGAUGAAAUAUAAAAUCGUGUGAUAAAAA